CCCCAGGGCCAAAACAAAAAGUCUUUCAACAACUGUAUUUCAAAAAACUUCGGAAGUUUCCCUUUAAAACCACUUUGCAUGUUUUCCUUUGGGAGUAGGAACAGGAGGUUUUGAGGAGAAGCAUUAAUUCUUUCAUUUUAUACUGAUGUUUAUAUUUUCCAAGAACACAUUUUUUUUUACAAUCAGAAAUUAUUUAAAAAGAAACAAUAUAAUUAUUGUAGCGACAUGUACAUAGUACUUACAGGGAUCCUUAUCUUUCUAUUCACUUUAUUCAAUAAUUCUAACUACUCUGUGAGGCAGAUACUACUAUUAUCCCUAUUUUACUGAGGAAACUGAGACACAAAGAGGUUAAGAAACUUGUCCAGGGGGUGAAAGCACUAAGUGAUAAGUGGGGAUCUGGCUUGGUCUGUUUUUAACCACUGUACUAACAUUUGCCACAUAAAAACAGUCUACCUUAAGCAGAAGUGCUGUGAGUGCUCUCCAGAGUAUUAAGGCCACCAUGCAUUCUUUCCCUAAACUUUUCUAGCUGGGUCUCUCCAAGGUCCCUAAAACAAAUGCUAGAUUAAUAAUGGCUUAUGUAUUUUUAGUGCAGAAAAUAUGAUUCACAUAUUGGUUUGGAAGUUCUUCGGAAAGUAGGGACCAGAAAACUUGGCGCUAUUGCUGCCUUUUUCCCCUUUGAUCAGAUGUACAUCAAGUACAGAUUAAUUGUGUUUUAGGGAAGACCGACUUCCAUACAGACCCAUCUGGAACUACUGGGUCCUUAGUUCUGUUUCUGCAGGAGGUAGCUCUGGGCUUUUGUUUAUUUUACACAUUGGGCUUCUGUACAAGAUGAACUGUUUUUAUUGGUUUCAAAAGAAGCUUGAAAAUUCUAGAAGCAAUGGGAAUAGGAAAAAGUUUGUUUAGCAUAUACCAGUUUUCUCCAUCUCUAGUAUAUGUCUGUCUCUCUAUCUCUCUUUAUCUCUUUCUCUCCCCCUCCUUCCCAAAAAUAUUUUGCAGAGCUCUAAAUUUUAAGGGAUUCCAAAUAUUCAGUUAUCUCUCAGCUUUGCAACUUGUGUUUGUUACUCUUGUUUGGUGGCACUGUCUUGGGUGAUGAAUCUGGGACUGUGAUUGCUUCUGGGGCUGCCUUUGAUGGAAAGGACAGGCUGACUUUAUUUAGCAAACACUGUUCUGAGAACAUACUUUAUAGAUUCAGACUCUUUUUCCCUAGCAUGUGCAUGAGCUUCUGUUUAGGUACCUUAUAUUACUAUGGUAGUUCUCCAGGCAGCCCAUGGAGGUGGGUCCUAGGCAGUGUUACCUCUGGGAGGAAGCUGAAGGCAGAAAGGAAGGUUGUACACAGAGGGUGGGAGGUAGGGUCAGACUUCCAGCCAGUCAGGUAUGCCUGAGCUCUCCUUUCUCUUGUAAGGAGGACAGUGAACUCACCCUCCAUCAGAUAUAGUCAUGGCCUUAUUUAGAGUGUAUUUUAGGUUUUGACUUGUUUUAGUGAUUAUUCUGAUUGAUGGAACUCUGCAUUUAGCCCUGAGAGUCUUCAGCACUUCUGUGGAGAAUUCAGAGGAAAGGCCCUACCAACCUGCUGGGUUAUAUUUUCUAAAAGUUUAUUGUAAGGAAGGGAAGUUAUGAAAACACUCUUCUCUUUUUGUUGUAACGUUGGUUUAUUUGGUACUGUUAUCGAUUCUUAUUAAAAUUCAAGCACUAAUAGUUCUGCAAACUCAUUGGGCUAGUAAAAACUUUUCAGGACCUAUGCAGAUUACAAGUGCCCCUCCUCCCCUUUUCGUAAGGCUCCACCCUCUUUGACUAUUUACCCCCCACAAAUCCACCGUCUCUCUCUAGCCCUGUGUAGUGGCUUCUGCUUCCAAACCAGCAGGGCUUAAUGAAAACCCUAGAAAGUAGGAACUUGUGGGAGAGAAAAGAGAGAGCCACAUUCACCAGGUUCCUGGGUGGAGCUACCCAUGAAUAGCAGCAAUGGCAAUGAUAAUGGCAAUGGGAAGAAUGGGGGGCUGGAACAUGUACCUUCUUCCUCUUCCAUCCACAAUGGAGACAUGGAAAAGAUUCUUUUGGAUGCACAGCAUGAAUCAGGACAGAGCAGUUCAAGAGGCAGUUCUCACUGUGACAGCCCUUCACCUCAAGAAGAUGGGCAGAUCAUGUUUGAUGUGGAGAUGCAUACCAGCAGGGACCAUAGUUCUCAGUCAGAAGAAGAAGUGGUAGAAGGAGAGAAGGAAGUUGAGGCUUUGAAGAAAAGUGCAGACUGGGUAUCCGACUGGUCCAGUAGACCUGAAAAUGUUCCACCCAAGGAGUUCCACUUCAGACACCCCAAGCGCUCUGUGUCUCUAAGCAUGAGGAAAAGUGGAGCCAUGAAGAAAGGUGGUAUUUUUUCUGCAGAAUUUCUGAAGGUGUUCAUUCCAUCUCUCUUCCUUUCUCAUGUUUUGGCUUUGGGGCUAGGCAUCUAUAUUGGAAAACGACUGAGCACACCUUCUGCCAGCACCUACUGAGGGAAGGAAAAGCCCCUGGAGAUGCCUGUGGCCUGUGAAGUGGUGUAUUGUCACAGUAGUUUAUUUGAACUUGAGACCAUUGUAAGCAUGACCAACCUUCCCCCCUAUUUUUACAUAUCCAGUCCAGUAACUCUCAAUUCCAGUAUUUUAUUCAAACUCGGUUGAGUCAUUUUACUAACUUUAUUCCCUUUUUGGCCUGUAAGACACUUUAGAAUUUCCUAACAGAAUUUAGAAAUUUGCAAGGGCUUUUUUUCCGCAAAUGCCACCAGCAGAUUAUAAUUUUGUCAACAAUGCUGUUGUCUCCUGUUAGUACCACCAGAAUUAGACCUGCAUCACUCAUGGUAGGAAUUUUACUCUGGCAGUGUAACUACCGUCUAUCUUGAAAUGAGAUCAGGUUAGCAAAUGAUAUAAAAUGCUUUGUUGUUUAGUUUUUGUUUUGUUUUCCAAGACAGUCAAGCUCUUCCCAAAGCUUGAAUUUAGUUAUUAAAAAGAAAGCAAAAACAAAACAAAACAAAUUAAAAAAAAACAAUGACAAUAAAAAGCAAGACACAAGAAAAAAUAUCCUGGGCAAUAAAAAAUUAUUUUAAACCAGCUUUGGAGCCACUUUUUUUCUAAGCCUCCUAAUAACGUCUUUUAGUUUUUAGGAGGCGGGUUGUGUAAAUGAUAGGUAGGAAAUAUAGUAAGAACUAAGAUACAUCAGCAGAUUUUAUUAGUAGUAUGCUGUAAUGCUGUCUUUUCUAUGAUGUGGAAUCUUUAUUUCUGAUAAGGAAGUCUCAGGCCUAGUCAUGCAAAUUGCUUUUGAGUUUUUUGUGUAUUUGGUAUUUCCGUGUAGUAGCUGCAUGUGAAUUUUUCAUGACUUUACUUUUUUUUUUUUUCCUUCAUUUUUUUUCCUCUAAGAAGAGACUUGAGUGAGUCCAUUUUUGGUGUUAACAUAGGCUUCUUGUUUUAGGAAGCUUCACUUAUACUCUGAAGCCUUUAAACUCUGAAGAAAAUUGCUUCAGAAUUAUUCCAAGCACUUGUGCAACUUUGAAAAGCAGACUUGGGUUGUGGGAACAGUUGGCAAAGUUCUGGAAAGAUGCCAUUCGUUUCCUUCUGGUCCCUCCCUUGCUGGUGUUUACUGUGCGUCUUCCCAAGGUGGCCCCUGGGAUUCCAUGGGCGUUGGUGAUUUUCUCAUGUGAUAGUCUUUUCAAUUAUGUUAAACUCUUGACGUUUCAGUACACUCAGCAGGUCCCUUCAACAACGUGCUUUUUCGUUUGUUUCUAAAAUGUGAAGCUUUUAGGACCAAAUUGUUAGAAAGCAUCAGGAUUGUCAGUUAUUUCAAGUAGAUUUUAUUGGAUUUCAGAACAUACAGCAUGACUCUGAAGGAUACUACUGUAUGUUUUAUAUAUAAAAACUAUUACUGUUUAUGAUGUAGACAUUGCUGUUGAAUAUUUAGAGAACCAAUUGUUAAAAUUGUUAAAAUUUAAAGCUAGCAAUCUAUAAAAUGCAUCAGGUUGACUUGAAUAAAAACACUAUGACAACCAGGUUUGCCAGUUUGCAGAAACUAACUCUUCUUUCUUGAAUCAAGGUUGGUAAAAAUGAUAUAUUACAGUGGGAAGUAACACAGGUUCAAUAAAAAAUUAUUUUCUGCUUUUUUUUGAGAACAUAACUGGCUAUCUUUAAGAAAAGUGAUAUAUCCAAAAUAGUUUCCUGAAUUAUUUUCUUUUUUCUUUCUAUCAUUUGAUAUCUAAAUAAUUUUGGACAUCUUUUUUUUAUUAUAACUUGUUUCUGUCUUACUGGUAGCAUUUGAUUUGCCUUCUAACCUAUUUAUUUCAAGUCUUUUUCAGUUUCUUUGGGAAGAAAGUAUAUCUGAUGGUCCACUGUUGUUGUUUGUUUGUUUGUUUGUUUGUUUUUGAAGAGCCUGAAUAAAAUUGGAAAGGCUGAUAAAAAGAACUAAACUGCUAUAACAAUACAAUUUGUAUUAUAAUUGGUGGCAUGGGAGAGAAGAAGAAAAUUGUACUUUAAGAGCAACUUUUUAUAGGCAAUACAUUGCCCUCUUUCUAAAUUCAGUAGCAGUUUAUCAGUAGUGCCAUUGGAUUUUGGGUAUAUUUGUGAUUUUUUUUUUCCAGCAUUGAAAAUAAGUUCAGUGUUGCUCUUUUUGAAGUUAUGGAAAAUGAUUUCAGACAUGAAUACUUUAUCACAGUAGAACUCACCACAGGAGGAGCUCAUGCAGUAUUUAUCUAUAGUCCUUAACAUGUGGGAUGAAUGUUUAUGUUCCUCCUAGACUUUUGUUGAAUGAAAACACACUGUCUGAUUGGGAAGGAGAAUUCAACGAUUAACAGUUGAAAUUCUGAGAUUAAUGUUUAAAAAGCUUUACACCUGUUUACAAAUUGGGGCUGAAAAGGCAGGUUUCAUUUUCUUAUGUUUGAUGAAAACUGGCUUAAAAUAUUUGUAAAUAACAUCAAGAGCAAAACUGCACAACCUUGCACAUUGAAAAGUGUAGCAAGUUACCUUGAUUGCAGUAAAAUUAUUUACUAGACUAAAAAAAUCAAGAAAAGAAAAGAAAAUUGAAGACUUAGCCAGCUAGAUGAAUUUAUAAAAAAAACAGAUAUUGAAAUUAUUGGACUUAACUGAGCCAAAGUGAAUAUGCAUUCUUCAUCUAUUUAGUUAGCAUUUUGUAUCAUUAAAUACAGUUUACAAUACAUGUAUAACUUGUAGCUAUAAACAUUUUGUGCCAUUAAAGCUCUCACAAAACUUU